UCCGCCGCGUGAUUCGUAUAUCCCCAAAGCAGGCGCAAACAAACCAGCAACCACCAAAUCAGACGCCAGGGGCGCUGCCCGCGACGAGCAGAGCAAAGCGAGGAGAGGCGGAUGGGGCAGUGCCCGUGCUUCGGAUCGGCGCAGGCAGCGGAGCGGGACCGGCGGGCGGAGGCGGACCGGCGCGAGUCGCAGGAGGCCCGCGCCAAAGCCGCCGAGGCCGCGCAGCGGAGACAAGAAGAGUUUGACAAGUCAGCAGCUGGAAGAGCAGCAAAAGCACAAAUGAAAGCUAUGAAGGAAUCAAAGACAUCAAACCAAGGAGAACCAGUUCUUAAGUGGCAGAUGGGAUCAUAACUCUCAUUUGCUUUUACUUGGAGCCCUCAGCGUGUAAGCUGUUGAUGGUGAACGAGAACACUUCCAUUUUCCGAGAAGAUGCAGCGGCACCUUCCUGUCAGUGAUUGUGUAUAAUGUACAUGCUAUGCCAACUCUGCAGCUACAAGUUUGUUGUAUGAACGAACAAUGUAUAUCUUUAUCCACUCGCAAAAAAAAAUGUAUAUCUUUAUCAGCAGUAGUAGUCUGCUAGCAUUUGCAUAGAGGUUUUUACCCUUUCUCAUAGUUUGCACAAGCCAUGCUCUUCCUGACAUGGGUGUCUGCUGUAAAUAAUCCCGUGAUCUAGAUUUAGUUAUUUACAGUUACUGAACUCUACUUUUCUACUGGACAGUUUCCUUCGCGGCAUCAA